AAACGUGUUGUACGGCCUUGGCAAGGACACACACUAACACUAUAGUCUGCAAGCUGCGGCCCUUGAGGGACAUAGAACAAGAAGUAAUGAUUGUCUUGUACUUUGAAAUCACGCCAGAAACAAGCCUACAGUCGUUGUCGCUGCCUAAGAGAACUAGUCAAUCAGGUGCCGAGGCACUGGGAUCACUGAGAACUAAUUCCUGCAAUGGUCACCUUCCUCCUGCGGGGUCUGCGGGCCUUGCUGCGGCGCCCUGCCCACACAGGCUGGUGUUGGCAGUCCACUGCAGCCAGCCAUAGUGACUAUGACUGUCUGAAGGCUGAAAUAGAGCAGCAGCUGACACCGAAAGAAUACUUUAAUUUUGCCCAAGACAUUGUUGCCCCGUGGGCACAGAAAAAGCCCAGCCACCCAGCGCUGCUCUUCACUGAUGGCCAGAAGGACACUGUGCUGAGCUACAGUGAGCUCCUCCUUCAGGCCCAGACCCUGGCCACUGCCCUCAGUGACCCCCAGGCCCCUAAGUGUGCCCUGGUGCUGCUGCCCAAGGUGCCGGCCUGGUGGGUGGUCAAUGUGGCUGCCUCCUGGUGUGGGACUGUCGUGUCUUGUGGCACCACCAUGCUCACACCAAGGGAUGUGGCUCACCGCCUGGCUAAGUGUGGGGCUGACUGCAUCAUCUGCACACCAAAGCUGGCUGCCUCCCUGGAGGACGUGACAAAGGCUAUGCCACUGCGCAUAGCUGUGUCUGAGGGCUGCGAGGAAGCUCGCGCUGGCUGGGUGAGUUACCAAGAGCUGAUGAAGUCUGGCCGUGGACGCCCAGCCCGGGCAUGUGUGGCCUCCCGGGGGGAUGACACUGCCCAGCUGUUCUUCACGUCAGGCACGACGGGCAAGCCAAAGAUGGUGCCGCACACACAGGCCAGCUAUGGGGUUGGCCACAUUGCAACAAUAAGGUACUGGCUUGACCUGGGUGAGGAAGACAUGGUGUGGAACCUGUCAGACACUGGCUGGGCCAAGUCAGCCUGGACCAGCCUGUACACGCCCCUGAUGGCUGGGGCAACAGCCUUCAUACACCAGAUGAAGCAUUUUGAUUCUCAAGAAAUGCUGCGCACACUGUGUGAGUACCCCGUGACAGUGCUGUGUGCCCCACCCACGGCCUACCGGGCCCUCGUGCAGCACCAGCUCUGCCAGUACCCCUUCAAGGCCCUGCAGCACUGCGUGAGUGCUGGCGAGCCUCUCAACCCGGAGGUGAUGCAUGAAUGGACCAAAAAUACAGGACUUAAAAUUUACGAGGGCUUUGGACAGUCAGAGACAACACUGUUAUGUGGGGUAUGCAAAGGCAUGGCACUGCGGCCUGGCUCUAUGGGCAAGCCUGCACCCGGCUACAACCUCAAGGUGCUGAGUGAGCAACUGGAGGAGCUUCCUCCUCACCAGGAAGGCCAGCUGGCGGUCAGCCUGAAGCAGGGCCACCCCGUGGGGCUCUUCAGAGGAUACCUUCAUGAUGAGCAGAGGACGUCCGAGGCCUUCAGGGACGGCUACUACUUCACGGGGGACAGAGCUUACUAUGACGAGGACGGCUACUUCUGGUUUGUGGGCCGAGGGGACGACAUCAUCAUCUCUUCCGGGUACAGGAUUGGGCCCUUUGAGGUGGAGUCGUGUCUACUGGAACACCCAGCAGUGGCUGAGUCUGCGGUGGUCUCCUCCCCUGAUGCCCUGCGUGGGGAGGUGGUGAAGGCCUUUGUGGUCUUGGCAGAGGAGUACAAACACAAGGACGCCAACACCCUCAUCACUGACCUCCAGGACCACGUCAAGCAGAUGACGGCUCCGUACAAGUAUCCCAGAAAGAUUGAGUUUGUGGACUCUCUGCCGAAGACCGUCAGCGGGAAAAUACGAAGAGUAGAACUACGGAACAGAGAAUGGGUCAAAGGUGAAGGUGGUGAGCCCAGUAGUAGCAGCAGCAGCAGUAGCAGCAGCAAUCAUCAGGGUGGUUAGGGGCAAAGUACCUGCAGAAGAAGUGGGUAGUUCGGCUAAGCAUACAAGCACUGAAAUAUGAUAAGCUGUGGAGGCAUUUAAAGACUUGUGAGGAUCAGAAAGGGAGGGAGAGAUAUUGAGAAGGUGUUGAAUAGUGUAAUAUAUGGCAGGUGGUAUAUGGGUGGUGGAGUGUAGUAUAUGGAUGGUUGCAGGUUUGGAGGUCAUAAAUAAAUAAACAUAAAUAUAUACAAAUAAAUAAAUGAUGAUAACAAUAACAAGGAAUAAUAAUAAUAAUAGUAAUAAUAAUAGUAAACUCCUCCUCCUCCUCCUCCUCUUCCUCCUCCUCCUCCUACUACUGUUACAACUUCUACUACUACUACUACUAUUACUUGAAAUAAUAAUAAUAAUAAUAAUAAUAGUAAUAAUAAUAACAGCAGAUACUAAAACACAUUCACAAAUUAACACGUAAAUUAAUAAAGAAAAAAAUGAAAAGAUUAAAAAAAAAAAAAAAAUCAGAAGUGUUGGAGAGCAAGAGGUCUUAGCAAUGGAAAACAAUUGUAUGCUAUGUUGAAUUUGAAUAAACUCGAUAAUACUGA